AGAAGAGAGAUGGAGGUUUGCUCUGAGAUUCCCUGCAAGGGUUGCACCACUUGGCAGGGCCUCCUUCUCACAGCCUUCCUUUUAACCUGUUGGCACCUGCCUACCACUGCCCAAGUCACCAUCGAAUUAGUGCCGCCCCAAGUGGUUGAAGGAGAAAAUGUUCUUCUGCGUGUUCAUAAUCUACCAGAGAAUCUUCUAGCCUUUGUCUGGCACAAGGGGGUGAGGAAUAUGAGCCUUGGAAUUGCACUAUAUUCAUUGGCCAAGGGUUUAAGUGUGACAGGGCCCAUACACAGUGGUAGAGAGACAGUAUACAGCAAUGGAUCCCUGCAGAUCUACAAUGUCACCCAGAAGGACACAGGAUUCUACACCUUUCGAACCAUAAAUGGACAAGUAGGAGUUGCAUCAAUAACAACCACGUACCUUCACGUGUACAACUCCCUUUUGAACUGUGGGCGCCCUCCCUCCUCUGCUCAGCCCACUAUUGAAUCAGUGCCGCCCAGAGUUGCAGAAGGGUCAAGUGUUCUUCUACUCGUCCACAAUCUCCCGGAGAAUCUUCUAGCCCUUUUCUGGUACAGAGGAAUUGUUGUAUUCAAGAAUCUUGAGAUUGCCCGACACGUAAUAGCCAGAAAUUUAAGUAUCCUGGGUCCUGGACACAGUGGUAAAGAGACGAUGUACAAUAAUGGAUCUUUGCUGCUCCAGAAUGUCACCGGGAAAGACGCUGGAUUGUAUACCCUACGAACUCUGAGUACAGAUCUGAAAGUUGAAGUAUUACAUGUGCAAGUCCAGGUGGACACCUCCCAUUCUACAUGCUGUAAACGUCUCAUGAUUGAACCAGUGCCACGAAAUGCUGCUAAAGGGGAAAGUGUUCUACUUCUUGUUCACAAUCUGCCAGAAGAUAUGAGAACCUUUUCCUGGUACAAGGGAGUGCUUAGCAUCCAGAUCUUUAAAAUGGCAGAAUACAAAAGAGCCAUGAAUUCCAUCACCUGGGGACCUGCCCACAGUAGAAGAGAGAUGGUGUACACCAAUGGAUCCCUGCUGCUUCAGGAUGUCACUGAGGAAGAUGCAGGAUUGUACACACUAGAAACUAUGAAUAGAGAUUUGAAAAUUGAAAUGACACAUGUGCAACUCCGUGUGAAAAAGCCUGUGACACAGUCCUUCAUGCGAAUCACUGACCCUACAGUCACAGUGGAGAACUCUGUGGUCUUCACUUGUGUCUCAGCUGACACUGGAAUCUCCAUCCGUUGGCUCUUCAAUAACCGGAGUCUGCAGCUCACAGAGAGGAUGACUCUGUCCCCAACAAGGUGCCGACUCAGAAUAGAUCCUGUCAGGAGGGAGGAUGCUGGGGACUAUAAGUGUGAGGUCUCCAACCCAGUCAGUUCAAAGACCAGUCUCCCAGUCAGGCUGGCCGUGAUUGAUGAGUGA